UAACCCUCUUAACUCAUUUAAUCUUAAAAAGAAAAAAAAAAAAAAAAACAGAUCUUAAAAAAAAAAAAUCAAAUCUCUCAACAUUCAUCUUAUUCAUUAAAUUUCUCUCUCCUCCUUCAUCAUCAAAAUCUCACUCCUCCUUCAUCUUCCCCAUCUUCUGUCCAGAUCUAGAGGUAGUCUCUCGUGGGUUUCGUGGGUGUGGUGGUUGUGGGCGGCACGAGUUUCGUGGAUGGUGGUCUAGGUUUUGUGGGUUUCGAGGGUGGAUCUAGGUGUCAGUGGUUGUGGGUCUGGGUUUAGGUCUAGGUUUUGUGAUGGUUGAUUUCCGAGGGUGGUAGGUGGCGUGGUGUUCGGUUUCAUGGUGGUGGUGGUUUAAUUGUAAUUAAUUCAAUUCGUGGUGUUGGUGAUUUAAUUGGGGCUUUCGGGGUUUUGGUGGUAGUUUUCGGUGGGUUAGUGUAAUUUGGUGUGUUUUGGUGGUUUCCGGUGGGUUUUGGUAGUUUUCAGUGGGUUUUGGUGGUAGUUUCCAGGGGGUUCGUGGGUGUUGGUGGUUUUCGAUGGGUUCUGGCCAGGGUUUUCAGUGGGUUUGGUGGUGGUGGUGGUUUACGGUGGGUUCGGUGGUGGUGAUUAUGGGUUUUGGGUUUAGUUGUUUAGUGGUUCUGAUUAAUUGUGGGGUUUUUUUUUAUUGGAUUAGUGUUUAAGUACAUGCCCUUAUAUUUCAAUAAUCAUGUUUAAGAACUUUUGCCUAGGAGUCCGUACUACCCCUUUGUUGCAAAUAAUUGUUAACGGAGGUAGUAUAUACAUAAAAGUACUAAUACUCUUUGUAAUUUCUGUAAAUAAUAUAGAUUAUUAAAUAUUAACUAUGCAAAGAGUAUAAAUGAGGUAGCAGCAGUUCAACACCACCGCAGGUCAGCAGCCAUGCAGUCUAUCAGACAAGUUUACAGGUGCAGAUUCUUUAACAAUGUUGGCAAGUUAGUAGGAUCGAGAACCCCUCCAUUCUCCGUCAAUGUAGACUUGAUAAACAUAGUGGAUAAUCCAAAUGUCCUGUAUUUAAUUUAGAGAUUAAAAUUGAUCUAUCAUACUCACAAUAUGUAUUUAAUUUAGAAUACAUCAUUAAAUUUGAAUAUCGAGCAUAUAAGAAAGAGCAAAAGGUCAUGAACUAUAAAAGUAAUUAAAGACUUGAUACGAUUCUUCGAAACUUACUUCAUAUAAGAAAGACUUCUCAUUAAGAAUUGGACAUGUCAAGCACAAUUCCACAACCAUACCAAUAUUCAUCAUCAAAUUAUAAACAGAUUGCUUGACAAAUAAUCAUGAGCUAAAAAACACUAAAUUUACCAGCAUACGAAACUAAUACGCAAGUAGACAUGAUCAAAAUGUCUAAUCAACCAGCAACUAUCAUAAAUAGAAAACAUAAACAUUCAUAAAUCCAAAAAUUAACAUGCAUAAACCAUAUAUUGUACGAUUGUUCGGAGAAUGUAUAGUUUGAGCUUCUAAGCUCAUCAAAAUUCCAAGGAGAACGCAUUAUAACUAUAUAGCAUUUGAAUAGAAGACAAUAUCAACUAAAAAUCAAGUCGUAAAAUACCGACACACAAACAAAAUACAUGGCCUGCAUUAGACACUAAUCCCUACAUAAGAGGCACAUAGAGGGCUCUAAUAUUCCCAUGAUACACAUAACCCAAAUACUGAACCUGCCUCUAGGAAUGCAAUCAACCAUAAAAUUACAACAUUACAACUGCUUAUUAUUGCAGAGAAUAGGAAGAAACCCAUAGAAAAAAAACAGAUCUAAAGCUCACCAAGUCACCAAAUAUAAACCAAACCCCAAAUGACCAUAAUAUAUUCCCUUGUCAAAGCAAUAAUUUCUUUUACUUGAAAAUGAAGUGUGGAGAUUAUUUUAAAGCAUCUUAAAAUAGUAAGUGUCAAAUUAGUUGUGGAGCAGAGAGUGUAGGAUGAACAAGCACUAAUCAUAUCUAUGGCAUCAUAAUAAAUAAAUUACUAUGUAUAAUCCUAAAGACUUGAAUAGAGUUGCCACUUCCCAUUUUUGUGACACAGACAAGCAGGAUCUCAUGAAUAUUAGAAGAAAUAGUGCAUCAAUUUCACACUCUUCAAUGAGUUGAUGAGGAAAUAAGACAAUACCAGGCCUCAUAGAAUCACAGCCUGCUUUAAACAGGUGAAAGGGGUAUUGAUGAACAUAUUGAAAGGCAAAGACCAAAAAUCAUCAUAGGCUGAUAAUCUUAACGUGCAAAUCACAAAGCACUUGAAUUUUACCAACCAGAUUAAAACUCUAAACGCAAUAAACCAGCAAAAUGAUUCAAAUCUUUGAUAGAAAUGCGAUAAUUUCACGAUCCAUGGGAAACAAUAAUUAAAUUCAAUGGGUAAUCAAUUUUACCAUAUUUACGAAUCUAAUCCCAAAACUUAGAACUGGGUUUUAUUCAGAAUCAAAUUUUGAGAAAUGGGUGAUCAAUUUAUAUGUAAUCCCAAAAUUAAUGGAUCAAAAAGUAGGAUUUCCCAAAUUAAUUAUUGCCAAAUUAAACUAUCAAAUUUCCCAAAUUAAAAGUAGGAAAAAAAUAAUCAAAUUAAACCAUCAAAAUUCACAUCUAUUAUCACGGAUCAAAAUUAUCAAAUUUCCAAAAUUAAUUAUUGCCAAAACCUAAUUACACAAGCACAAUCGUCUUCAUCAUCUUGUUGCUUCCCUUGUUUCGGGUACUGGGUCUUCAAUGGCGGCGGUCUUGUCGCCAUCCAAUACAACGCCAGUACCACCGGAAUCACUUUCCCCGAAUUCAUCACAAAAAUUUGAGAAACCGUUUGUUAAAAUCGAGUCUUCCAUCACCAACAUCUUCCUCGCCAUUUUCAAACAUUAAUUCUUGAGCUUGUGUGCCUCAACAUCACUAGAGAAAAAUGGUGAACAUAAAGAAAAGAGAACAAAAAGUAAUCAAAAGAAAAAGGGUGAACAGAAAGAAAGGAAAUCAAAAAGUAAUUUUGUAUUGUACGCUCUCCCAUAUACAAGCUUUUUCCUUUAUUUUCUCUAAGAUGUUCACUUUUUACUGUUUUAAGGGUCCCACCCCGUUUUUUUUUUCCUCCAAACUAACCCCAUUUACUUGAUACGUAUUUCUACAGAUAUAUCAAGACUUCAUUACUACUUCCUCCAUGGGACCACUAAAAGACGUGGAAAAUACUGUUUUGCCCUCAUAAAAAACUAAUUUCAUAUCUCAAUAAGAAGGGAUAAACCUCCCCUCCUUAUGACCUUACACUCCCUCCAUAAAUAGAGUCGAAGGUAUCUCUAUUAUUUCUACUCCAUUUUUCUCGAACAAAUAAAAUUACAAGAGAUUUACAAAAAAAAAAAAAAAAAAAAAAAAAUGGUUAAACAACUCCACAUUGUGAUGUUUCCAUGGUUUGCCGUGGGACAUAUGACUCCUUUUCUUCACCUUGCUAACAAACUUGCCGAAAGAGGCCACAAAAUCACCUUCUUACUUCCUAACAAAGCCAAGCUUCAAUUACAACAUUUUGUGCUUUACCCAAAUCUUAUCACCCUUCACCCUAUCACGGUCCCUCACGUCCACCCUCUUCCUUUCGGGACCGAAACCGCCUCCGACAUCCACAUUAAUCUUAACGGUCAUCUUGCCACCGCUUUCGACCUCACUCGUCCUGAGUUCGAGAGCGUGAUCAUAGGCCUUACCCCCAAACCCCACCUCUUUUUUUACGAUAUCGCCCAUUGGGCGUCCGAGGUCGCCGCUAGGCUCAGGAUUACGUCCGUUAAUUAUAAUGUGGUUUGUGCUGCAUCCCUUGCGAUUGCUUUGGUCCCGGCCCGUAACUUGCCCCGGGAUCGACCUCUUAUUGAGGAGGACGUAGCCCGGCCUCCUUCGGGCUACCCCUCCUCUAAUGUUGUCUUACACGGGCCUGAGGCCCGUAGCUUGCUCUUCUUAGGGACGGACUUUGGCAGCGGGCUCACCUUUUACGAACGAAUUACUACUGCAUUGAAGUCAUGUGACGCCAUUGCCAUUAGAACCUGCCGUGAGAUUGAAGGCAACUUUUGUGAUUACGUGUCGGCCCAAUACAACAAGCCCGUGAUCCUCACCGGCCCGGUACUUCCAGAAAACGACAACAGUAACAGCCCACUUGAAGCCCAAUGGGCCGAUUGGUUGGGCGGGUUUGGGACGGGCUCGGUUGUGUUCUGUGCCUUUGGGAGUCAGUUUAUCCUUGAGAGGGAUCAGUUCCAAGAGCUACUCCUAGGGUUUGAAAUGACAAAACUACCCUUCCUAGUGGCACUGAAGCCACCCAAUGGGUGCGCGACCAUCGAGGAGGCGCUCCCCGAGGGGUUCAAGGAGAGAGUAGGAGAUAGGGGUGUGGUGCACGGUGGAUGGGUGCAACAGCCUCAAAUACUAGAACACCCAUCAGUAGGGUGCUUUGUGAACCAUUGUGGGUUUGGUUCGAUGUGGGAGAGUUUGAUGGCGGCGAGUCAGAUAGUGUUGGUGCCGCAAUUGGGUGACCAAAUAUUGAACACAAGGUUGAUGGCAGGGGAGCUAAAGGUGGCUGUAGAGGUGGAGAAGGCAGAGAAUGGGUGGGUGUCUAAGGAAAGUUUGUGUAAUGCUAUUAAGUUAGUGAUGGAUGAGAAGAGUGAAGUGGGGUGUUUGAUUAAAAAUAAUCAUGUUAAGUGGAGACAAAUUAUGAUUAGCCAUGGAUUUAUGAAGGGUUACAUUGAUAAUUUUAUUAUGGAUUUGGAGAAGAUUAUGACUUGAUUUGGUACCUAAUUUAAGAUCUAAAUGUUUGGUCUAAGAUAAGAAAUCUCCCUCCAUUAUUAAAUAAGUGCAUAUAUAGAUCACUUGGUUGAUAAGCAUAUACUUAUAUUAGGAGGGUUAAUAUUGUUGAGUGUCCCUUUGUUCUUAAGCCAAUACUCCGUCCGUUUUUUUGAUAAGUGUUAUAUUUUGAUUUUUGUACUAUUUAUUUACAACACUUUGAAUAAGGUUUAUGCUUAAUAAAUUAGGUCAUGUGUGUAAUUGUAAGAUUCGUCUUAAUGUAUAUUUUUUAAAUAUUAAAUUUUUACAAUUUAUUA